AUGCUUAUCCGUGACAUAGUUCCAGGAGCGCUUCCCUCCGCUACCGUGGUCUUCAGUGGUGGUCCGCUGGUAGAGUCUACGAUGACUGCUGGUUUCACCCACUUGGCUGAGCACAUGGCAUUUGGUCAAGGUCUGUCCCGCACUCAGAGGCUAACUGCCGCAGAGGAUGCUGGGAUUGAGCUCAACGGGUUCACUGCUAAAAACUACGUUGCAUUUACCGCAGAUGCGCGAGACACUCAGCUCCAUCGCCCCUCUCUCACAGAUUGUCUUGAGCAGCUUCGUGACCUCCUGCCGCGUGCACAGCGUCCUCUUCCCCUUCUGCUCAACGAGUACGAUGAUAUUCAACACGAAGCCAUCAUGGUCCUUGCUACGCCUUACGAGCAUGCAAAGGAACUUGUUUUGCAUCAUGUCUUCAGAGAUAGCCCCCUGGCGAAUCCGAUACUGGCAGAGAUUGGUCUUUAUGGACGAAUGAAAAAUGGAGCAUACAAGGAGUUCACGGACAAGCUGCUUGACCCUGCCAAGGCUGUCUACAUUCUAUCUGGUAAUGACGUGGAUAUUAGUAAGGCAAUGGACACCCUUUCAGGCAACAAUAUUCACGGAUCUAUCUCCCAGGUCACUGAUUUCUGGCAACAACCGGUCUCGCGACUGAACAUUAAUUUGUUCGACAACAGGAUACACUCAUACAUCUCACCAUAUACACGCAUACCAGAGACUGUCUUAGCAUUUCCUGUUCAGCCUGGCCGUGAGACAGAUGCAGCUUUGGCUUUCGUCCCACUUUUAAAUAAGACGCUGGCCCCAUUUGCGUCUGCAAGUCUCAUGGUAUUUCACGGUGCAAGUGUAUUGGUCUGUAUGGGGCCUGGCCAGAGUAGGCUUGUUGGAAAGAAGAUUAUGCAAGGACUUGAUUCAUUGGCUGCACAUCUACGCACAAGGGAACUAUCCUCCGCGUUUCAUAGUGCUCGACAAAGCCUUAUGCUCCACGGCUCCGACAGAAAAAUGGGGCUACUGACAUCUGUGGGUGCUGGACAUGAGCUACUUUUAAUGAACAGUGCAGUAUCCCGCCCUGAACUUGAUGAUCUAGAUAGGUCAUUGCGGCCCAUAUGUCGACAACUUCUUAAUCUAUGGCGGGAAGCUUAUCUCGGAGUGUGUGUACUGCCGAAGGACACAUAUAAAGAUCUGCAACCCCAGUCUCCAGACGUCAAUGACAGCUGCAGUAAAUAA